ACAAACUUCAGUUUCCUGUUGGAAAAGUCUGUCUCACAGUGAGAUAGAGACUGUAGAUAUUGAGACUGCAGCUCAUGAAGAUUUGACUGGGUGAGUCAAAAUAUGGCAGCACUGAGGACACUGAGUGUCUGUGUUUCAGGCAGAUUUAUUUGUUAUUAUUUUGUGACUGUGGUGUUUGAAAAUAACAACUAACUAGUACCAGAGGUUAUUCAUUUAAAAUGUUCGUAUUAUUGAUUACAGGAGGUAGACAAUGUAUUUAUAUAUGAUUCUGUUCUGAUUUUCCUUUCUUUACAUUUGUGUAUAUGGAAUUUAAAAGUAAUAGUAAAGUGGGGUCGCACAUGAAAAAGUGCAUUUCCAUGUUCUUUCUUGUAGUUUGCAAAGUCAAAUAAAACAUAUUUCAGACAAAGUACAAAGUCAUCACAGAGUAAAUUUGAUGUAUUUUAUGCCACGAGACGAAAAUGCGUCUGCGGUCCCUUUAAAUCUGAAGCCCCGCCCACUCCACUGAGCCACGUCAUUUUGAAGUACAAACAAACAUGGCGUCGCCCGUCAGCGGCGCGGCGCUUGUGACUGUUCUUGCGCUGAUUGCGUCGCUUGCUGCGCUGUUUUCAGGCGUGUCUGCGCCACUCGUGUGUGUCACGCUGGUAACCGCGCUGCUGCCGCUGCUGUUGACGCUGUGGCUGCGCUGUUUGCGGCGGCGGGACUGCGGGACAGAGCGGCGGGUGUGUGUGCUGGUGCUCGGGGACGUCGGCCGCAGUCCGCGGAUGCAGUAUCACGCGCUGUCCCUCAGUAAACACGGAUUUAAUGUGACCUUCGUCGGGUUUGUCGACUCCAAACCUCACCAGGACGUGCUGAGAGAGGAAAGAAUCAGGAUUGUUCCCAUAACAGAGGUGAAAAGUGUUGGAGUGGGACCAAAGCUGCUCACGUAUGUGACGAAGGUGACGGUCCAGUGUCUGCAGCUUCUGUCUGUGCUGCUGAGGAUGGAGCUCCAGUCUUAUGUUCUGCUGCAGAAUCCUCCUGGUCUGCCCAGUAUCGCCGUGGCCUGGUUCGUGUGCGUCCUGCGCGGCAGCAGAUUCAUCAUCGACUGGCACAACUACGGCUACACCAUCAUGGCCCUGAGUCACGGCUGGAGACACCCAGUGGUCCGGCUGGCCAAGUGGUACGAGCACUUCUUUGGUCCUCUGGCUGCUCACCACCUGUGCGUCACCACCGCCAUGAAGGACGACCUGCAGAGAAACUGGGGCAUCAAGGCGACGACAGUGUAUGACAGACCGGCCUCCAUCUUCAGAGAGACUCCGGUGAAGCUACAGCACGAGCUCUUCAUGAGACUCGCCCACAUUUAUCCUCAGUUCCAGCACAGAGGGUGUGACGGUGAUGCGGAGGCGGAGAAGACAAUCUUCUCUGUGCGUGACCUCACUGAUGACUCGGUGACGUUGAGGGCGGAGCGACCGGCGCUGCUGCUCAGCAGCACCAGCUGGACCGAGGAUGAGGACUUCUCCAUUCUGCUGAGCGCUCUCGAAGAUUACGAAGGUUUGGUCAGUGGAGGAGCUUCUCUGCCGUCGUUGGUUUGUGUCAUCACAGGUAAAGGUCCUCAGAAGGAACACUACAGGAAGCUGAUCGACGCUCUGCAUUUCCAGCACGUGAAGAUCUGCACUCCUUGGCUGGAGCCGGAGGAUUAUCCUCUUUUAUUAGGGGCAGCAGAUCUGGGCGUUUGUCUCCACAAGUCGUCCAGCGGCCUGGACCUGCCCAUGAAGGUGGUGGACAUGUUCGGCUGCUGUCUGCCUGUCUGUGCCGUCCACUUCCACUGUUUACAUGAGCUGGUGAAGCACGAGGAGAACGGCCUGAUCUUCGCAGACUCUCAGGAGCUCGCUGAGCAGCUCAAGUCUCUGCUGUCGGAGUUUCCCGCCUCAACAGGACGACUGGGUUUGUUCAGGAAGAACCUCCGCACCAGCAGGGGGCGCUGCUGGGAUGACAACUGGGACCAGAACGUCCUGCCUCUCAUCACCGCUGCUUCCAGAUAAACAAACAUCUCAGACUGGUGCGAGACGGUCUGAUCCAGAUCAUGUGAUCGAUGACGAUGGAUUAUGUUUUGUAUAAAAGAGACUUGGACGUGAUGUACGUGUGUAAAUAAAACAUUUAUUGUGCGACA